AGGCUGUCGGCUGGGUUACAUUAGUGUUUCAAUCACCUCACAUUAGGCACCCUGCUUUGUGUUCUACUCAGUCGACCGCAAGAUGAAGAAGUCCGGGGACUUUCUCUCACUGCUCAACAAUCGCGACCUACUGAAGACUCCGUCCGGGAACUCCAUCGUGAACUUCCUGGUGAAGCCCAUGAGCGUGGAAAUGAACACGGCGGACAAGCUGAUCACGGGCGCCAGGCGCCAGCGGAUGAUGGCGCUCUUUCAGGAGGAUCGCGCCUGGGAGGCAGCCGAGUUGUCCCGCUUCGGACUGAGCUGCAUCAAGGCUCCGGAUUGCUAUCCCUGCUGCACUCCCUUCGAGUGCUCCAAAGCCAAGUUUUAGGCCUAAAUGUUUUGUGCUUUGUUUAUGCCUGCGAGAAUUAAAUCCUUACGUUAGAGAACCUUUCUGGAAAAGCGGA